ACCACAAACAAUGGUGGACACAAGUUAACUGCAGACGAUUUAGAAAAGUAUUUGGUAAAAUGUCGCGAGGAAAAGCUAUUAUUGUGAGAGUUCAAUGUCCUGAACUAGGAACGAAACGCAUAGAUACAAAAGGAAAUGAAAGUAUUGCAGAUUUUAUGAAUAAGAUCCAGAAGACUUUUGAGUUAGGCGAUAUAGGAUGGAACGUUUACAAAACAAGGGAAAAGAAAGACAUUAUCAAAACAUCAAGGUCGAAAACCUUGGAUUCCUGCAAAGUAAAGCAUGGGGAUAUGCUUUACUUGUUCACUCAGACAACACACACGGGAGAAAGGCCAGGCAGUAGUGCCACCAUUGAUACCAGUCCUUUUACAAACACAGUUCAGGAGAAUGAGGUUGAUUUGUUGCUCUAUAAAGAGGACGGGAAGAUAGAUCGGAAUCGGGACGAACAGCUGUGCCAUCAUGGACCAUCCGGAAAGUGUCUUCACUGUGUUCCACUGGAGCCAUUUGAUGAGAAAUAUCUGGCUACCUGUGAUCCGCCCAUCAAGUAUUUGUCAUUUCACUCCUAUCUCCGAAAACUCACCAGCGGGGUAGACAAAGGGAAGUUUGCAAACCUGGAGAAUGUGACAUGCAAGAUCAAAGAGGGCUGCAAGGAGCACCCGCCAUGGCCUGGCGGCAUCUGCACCAAGUGUCAGCCCACCGCCCUCACACUUCAAAGACAGCGUUACCGUCAUGUUGACUACAUCAUGUUUGAGAACCCAGGGAUCUGUGACCAGUUCCUCAACUACUGGCGCAGCACAGGGAACCAGAGGAUUGGGAUCAUGUUUGGGCGAUACGAGCCCCACAAGGACAUCCCGUUAGGCAUCCGUGCUGUUGUAGUGGCGAUCUAUGAGCCACCACAAAUCAACAGUAAGAAUCGGAUAGAGCUGUUGGAAGAUCCCCUGGAGGAGACAGUCAACAAGUUUGGUUCCCGCCUUGGACUUGUGCCAGUUGGCUGGAUAUUCACCGACCUUGUAGCCGAUGAUCUCACGAAGGGCACUGUGAAAAACUUCAGGGGGAAUGUGGAUUCCCAUUUCCUCAGUGCUGAGGAGUGUAUAAUGGCCGCCCAGUACCAAAACAAAUAUCUCAACCCGUGCAAGUACUCCUCAGAUGGCUACUUUGGUUCCAAGUUUGUUACAGUUAUAGUUACGGGUGACCAGACAGGUCAGAUCCACUUUGAGGGUUACCAGGUGUCGAGUGUAUGCAUGUCACUGGUGAGAGACAAUUGCCUCAUUCCUACAAAGGACGCCCCAGAGCUCGGCUAUAUCAAGGAGUCAUCUAACGAACAGUAUGUUCCAGAUGUCUUCUACACGGACAAGGAUGAGUAUGGGAAUGAGGCGACCCAACUGGCCCGGCCCCUCCCCGUAGAGUACCUGCUGGUGGACAUGGGGGCAGCGUUCCCUGUGGAGCCCCAAUACACCUUCCGUCUUGCGGACAGGCCCUUUCCCAAGGAGAAUAGGACCACAACUGGUCAGGUCCAGGACUUCAAUGCCUUGAUCCAACACAUGGAGCAGUUCCCACCUAGCAAGUUCAUGGAGGCAGUGUCUGACUUCCACCUGCUGCUCUACCUCGCAACCUCAGACAUGCUCCCGCUCAAGGAGAGGAUAGUGGGCCUGCUAGAAGCAGUCAAGACUGGAGAUGAGAGCCUGGCUCACCACUUCAAGAAGACAGAGGAGUGGGCAACAGUUGAGGAACUGAUGGCAGCACAUGCACCUAACCCAGGUCUGUCGCGAGAAGGGUCGUACGUUGGCCCUGGAGCUUCGCCACUGCCUCCCAUUGGCUCCUCCAGCUCCGUGUGGACCUGUGCUCACUGUACCUUCCAUAACAAAGCAGAUAACCAGAGCUGUGAAAUGUGCUCCCUGCCCAGACAAUAGGGCUGUACAAAGUGAUAUAGGAUACAUGUGGUUCAUAUGGGAUUUGGUGUAAAUCAAGCGAAUAUUUAUAUUUUUAUGUACAUGUUCAUAUGUGUGUUCUUAGAGUUGUAAGAAAUUGACAACAGUAAGCCAUAAAUGAAGCAUGAUUUCAAUGAUAUGUGUUGAAAGCAGUAUGAUUUAAUCUGAACUAUAGCAGACCUUUAUAAGAUGACUGUGAUCAGCAUUAGUAUAAAUUUGCUGGUUUCACAGGCUGAUAUUGUUGUGAAGCUUUUUGAAAAGAUACCUUGCUGUAAUUGUGUGUUUUUUCAUAAAAAAUACCACUUAAAGCUGACAUCAGGGAUUACUUGUACAUUAUACAUGAGGUUCCACAGUGAAAUAAGAGUUUAUCAACUAAAGGUACCUCAGAGAUGAUGCUGAGCCAAUCUUCACUAACGUCUUCAGUCUUAGUCUCAAGACUUGGUACUGCAGGUCUUUAUUUCAUUGAUAAAUUACUAUUUGAAGGUCAAAAGUGAGAACAAAUGAUCAUAUGUUUAAAAUGAUGAAUUUUACCAUAAUUUUUCCCCUAUCUCUUUUCAAAAACAAUUGAAUACUUCAUUUUAAAAUUCUUUUUCUGAGUAUUAAAAUAAAACUCAUGAUGUUUGUGAAUUUCCACCCUGAUCUUUUUAUUAUGGUAUCUGCAAUAUACUGUAGUGCUAUUUAUGCAGCCACUAUAUUUCUAGCGUUUUGCUAUUUAGCUGGGAUAUUUCUAGCCUUCUGCCAUUUAGCUGCGUUAUUUCUAGCAUUCUGCCAUUUAUCUGAAAUGCCAUUUACCUGCACAAUUUCUUGCAUUUGGCCUCUCAGCUGCGAUAUUUUUUUCCAAGAUUAUCACUUUCACAAAAGUAUAUAUGUAGUCUAAAAGACAACCACCACAUUAAUGUGUUAAAAUUCAAGCAGUAAACUAUCCUGUUUUGGACAAUUUUUAUAAGGUUUGAAUUUUCUGCAGUAUCUUAUAUGAUGAAAAUGUUUGCUUAUGAACACAUAACACACAUGGUUGAUAAUUGAUUUGUAUCAAUUAAAUUAAUCAGUGUUUUUUGUUUGUUUUUUAAAAGUACAAUGUAUGUUGUCUGCAUAUAAAGCAAUUCCAUUAUGUUUGUGUUAUUAGUAUUUACAUGUUGUUUAGCUGUAUUGUUUCAGCUGAGAAUGUUAUAUGUGUAUGUAAAUUUAGUUCAGGCUGCUUUACAAACCUUGGCGAAAAAUGGUUAUGAAUGUUCCAACUGAAUUGUAUUGGCUAUUUUUUUUUAGACAUCUAAAGGCUUUUUUCGAGUAUUUGAAUGAUGCACAGCAUUCAGCAAUACUGAAAUAAAUAUUUCCAAAUAUACA